AGGCGGCCGCCAAGUUCUCCAAGUAGGCUUCGCCGCGUGGAGUGGACGUCCAGCAGAAGAUGAAUCCGGCCCCGGUGCCUCCCCCGCUGCCGCCGCCCGGCCAGCAAGUGAUCCACGUCACGCAGGACCUGGACACGGACCUGGAGGCGCUCUUCAACUCCGUCAUGAACCCCAAGCCCAGCUCGUGGCGCAAGAAGAUCCUGCCCGAGUCCUUCUUCCAGGAGCCCGACUCGGGCUCACACUCGCGCCAGUCCAGCACCGAUUCGUCGGGCGGCGCCCCGGGCCCGCGGCUGCCCGGCGGUGGCGGUGUCGGUGUCGGUGUCGGCGGGGCGCAGCAUGUCCGCUCGCACUCGUCCCCCGCGUCCCUGCUGGGCACCGGAGCGGGCGCGGCGGGCAGCCCGGCGCAGCAACACGCGCACCUCCGCCAGCAAUCCUACGACGUGACGGACGAGCUGCCGUUGCCCCCCGGCUGGGAGAUGACCUUCACGGCCACCGGGCAGAGAUACUUCCUCAAUCACAAAGAAAAAUUUACCACAUGGCAAGACCCCAGGAAGGCGAUGAGUCAACCCCUGAGUCAUCUGAGUCUCCACCCGACUGCCACUUCCACACCAGCCCCGAGGGCCAUGGCUGUGUCACAGCCGAAUCUGGUGCUGAACCAUCAACACCAGCAGCAGAUGGCAGCCAAUGCCCUGAGCCCGCAAGGCCACCCACCUCCGAACCCACCUGCAGGGCUUCUGGGAAUGCCCAGUGCGCUGACCCCUGAGCAGCAGCAGCAGCAGAAACGACUUCGGAGGAUCCAGAUGGAGCGAGAGAAGAUCCGAAUACUGGAGGAGGAGCUUCUGAGGCAGGAAGCAGCUCUUUGCAGGCAGAUCCCCAUGGAGGCUGAGAUGCUGGCCACAGUCCAGGCUGCUGUCAACCCUCCUCCCACCAUCACCCCAGACAUGAGAUCUAUCACCAACAAUAACUCAGACCCUUUUCUCAAUGGGGGUGCCUACCAUUCUCGGGAACAAAGCACAGACAGCGGCCUAGGCUUGGGGUGCUAUAGUGUGCCCACCACUCCCGAGGACUUUCUCAGCAAUGUGGACGAGAUGGACACAGGAGAAAAUGCAGGCCACACGGUCAUGAACAUGAACCCACAGCAGAACCGAUUUCCCGAUUUUCUUGACUGUCUUCCGGGCACGAACGUGGACCUCGGCACAUUGGAAUCUGAAGAUCUGGUCCCACUCUUUAAUGAUGUGGAGUCCGCUCUGAACAAAAGCGAGCCCUUUCUCACCUGGCUGUAAGCAUUGUCCUGGCCACUCAGAUGCCACAGCUACUGACUCCCCAGGCCCCUUGGGUCAUCCAAUACUCGGAGCUGAGCAAGGCUUGCAGUUGACCCUCCUGCCCUUCCCCUGCCCUUCCCCGUCUCCUACUCCUGCCUUUGCCUGCUUCUGGCCCGAGUUA